AUGCUCCUUAUGGAUCUUACUACCAUCUUGACCGUUGUCUUUGUCCACGUCCUGCAAGCGGCAGGCGAUGGACUUCAGUCGAGGCAGCUCCCAGGAUUACUUCUGAAUCUACACGUCACCAACACCAAUACUCACUUUACGGGGGCGUCUUUCCUAAAUAACCAGAUCAGUAACUUCAAUUUCGAUCUUUCGCCUUCAACGUCCGAUUUGCCCAAUGUCCACAUCACCGGAGUCACCAUCAGCGGUGUAGAUCUCUCCGCCGCUAGCGGCUCCACAGAAAUCUUCGCUCUGCACAAAACUUUUAGCCCCGAACUAGCAGUACCGCUCAGCGGCAGCGGCGUCGUCAACUCCGGGGCUAUCACGAACGUGCCCCUCACGCAAGGCUCUGCCGCUACUCUGGAGUUCGUCGACGACGGUGUGCUCGAUGUCGAUGCUGUUUUCGAUGCGCGAGUGACCCUUGUUACCGAUGGACCUGCGACAUUACCUUUGCAAGUAAAAGAGGUGGCCGUGAACGUACCCACUUCGUGA